AUGGAAGGCAUGCAAACGUACUGCAAGAACGCAAAGGUUCGCGAGAGAGCCAUAUUACAGUGGUACGUCAAUCAGUUCUCCACGUUCUACGGAGUGUCAGCGACAUGGUUCUACACGACGGCGAUAGUAGUCAUUCUAGGAACAUUUUUCUCGUCUCAUCCAUUUCCGACAAACGCCGUAUACCCAAUCGCCGUUGAUUACCAACCUCUAAUGAGCAUAGUAUUUCUGCAUCAAUCGGUCAUCGGUUUACAAUUUUCCGCGAGCGUGUGUGUUAGCGUGCUUUGCGCUCUGCUGUUGCUGUUCGCCUCGGCAAGGUUUGAGAUCCUAAAGAUGGAGCUGAGGGAGGUUAAGAAGCCUAGCGAGUUGAUAAAGUGUAUGGAAAAGUAUUAUACCGUGAGGAGGUACGCAUGUGACGUGGUCAACACUAUUAAGCUCUUACCUCUGUGCACGGUUAUCCUGUGCGGUGUGAUACUUGUAUUUUGCGGGAUAAAGUUAAUACAACCGCAACCCUUCACAUCGAGGUGCCAGUAUUUAUCUAUAGUGUGGACUGCGUUGGUGGAGGUUUUCGUUUGUGCCUGGCCCGCUGAUCAUCUACUGGAUAUAAAAUCAGGUAUGAAAUUAAUAUCUCUGUUGACAGAGCCAGAAUGUUAUGGAAGCUCGUCCCAUGCGGGUGCUGACUUGCCCGAGAUAAUUGCUAAGGAAGAGAACCUUGCAGUCAUUAAAACUGCAUUCGUCAUGAUCAAUGUUAUCCUGCUGACUGUGUCCCUGGUGUUCGGAAUUUAUUACUAUCGCAGCGAUAUUGUUAUACUGACGAAAAGCAUUUCGGAGCUGACUGCCCUUCUGGAGGUGAUCCUGGACCUGUUGUUCUGCAAAAUGAACCACAGGCGACUGCAGGGUCUGAUCGGGAGAAUCAGGAUGUACCUACAGGUAGCCGACGAGCAGGAGAAUAAAAUCAUACAGAGUUACGUGGAUCGUUACAAGAAAUUGUUUUCGGUGAUCGCGAUCGCGUACAUUUCGACUGGAAUAUCGUUUAGCCUGGCUCCGUUAUUCUCUGGGCAAAAACUUCCGGCAGAUGGUUGGAUCCCGUUCUCCGUCGAAUUCGUUGGAAUAUACUGGGUCGUUUAUCUGGUGCAAGUCUAUUGCAUCUUGCAGACGGCGCUCUGCAUCGGUGUGGACUUCAUGAUCACCACACUUUUCUGUUUCACCGCCGCGAGGCUAGACAUACUAGGCUCGAAGAUGAAGCGAGUGAACCGCUACGACCUGCUGGUAAGCUGUGUCAAAGAACAUCAAGAAAUACUAGGAUUCGUGGACGAUACUAAAGCUGCUGUUCAGGCUUUAUUAUUCAAAACGAACAUCACGAUGGGAAGCGCUCUCAUAUGCGGAGCUUUCCCUCUGAUUUACAACCAGUCGUUGGCUGUAACGAGUCAGUUUCUUUGUAUGGUGGUAUCAGGCUGCGGACACCUGUACGUUAUUUCCUGGCCGGCUGACGAUUUGAAAGAAAGUAGUCUACGUUUCGCAACAUCGGUGAACGACAUUCAGUGGAUACGACAGCCACGGAAAAUGACAAAUCUCAUUCUGAUCAUGAUGCAAAGAAACAGGAAACCAUGUCUGAUCACAAUGGGUGGUUUGCUUCCACCACUCUCGUUGGAAUAUUAUGCACACUUUUUGACUAGCAUAUCUUCCUACUUUAUGGCAAUGCGAGCCGUGAUAGAAUCAUGA